AUGGAUUGGAAUUUGAGAUCAAUAUACUCCUACUUUGCAUUCUCUCUCUCUAAAACUUCUAUUAUUUUAUACUCUCGGUGGUUUAUAGCCAUCAAAUUGGUGCUUUCAUUGAGAGGAGAGGAACAUACUCGUAGGUUAACUCCCGGACGCGAGAAUGGUGCAAACAAGGAGCAACGUCCCUACCACCAGUCACGUCGGUGGCGAAGAGAACGCGCCGGGCAGCGGCAACGGCACGGGAGGCAUCGGCUCGACUCCGGAUGCGGUCCAGGCGUUAUUCGGCCUGGGAGUGACCACGGAGCAGCUUCAGGCGCCCGUUGCGGCACUUUCCGCCAUGGGUGGAAACGUGCCCGGCGCCGGAGCAGGAAAAGCUCCGCCCGGCCCCCACGCCGAGCACGCUGCCACUUCCCAGCACAAGGGGAAGAAGACCAGGAGGAGUAGAAGGAGGCCCUGCAAGGCCCCGGCGAUCGAGGAAGUGAUUGUGGAGGACGUUCCAGAAGGAGAAGAGGAUGAAUCCAGCGAGGGCCGGGUGUCAGCCUUCAGACGCUUGGGAGGCGAAGAGACCCGGGUAUCGGCCUUCGACAGGCUCGACCGCGGACCGGAUGGUCGCAUGGGCGACCUCCGCCGACAAAUAACCGAAGGUAGGCGGAGGCAUGCUGAGGAGUCGGCAACAUCGGAUGCCCGCUCGGCGAGGCCCGAGCGGAGCGGAGAGAGGAGGGACGAGCGCACCCAGCGACGCCAUAGUCCGACGAGAACUGAGAAGACGAAAGUCUCUGACAAAGGGGUAUCUCGGCUCGCUCGUGAAAUUGCCGAGCUAAAGCGCCGACUGGAGACCAGAGCCCCCUACAGCCAGCCUAUCUUGCGGACGGUGACCCCGUUCACUCCGAGGGUCAUGUCGAUUCCACUACCGGCAAACUUUCGGCCGUGGCAGAUCAAGGCCUACAACGGAACGACGGACCCCCAAGAUCAUUUGUCCAAGUUCUACGCUUCUAUGGAAGCGGCGGCAGCCCCGGACGAGGUCAAGUGCCGAUGCUUUCUCGCGACGCUGGAGGGCUCCGCAGGCUACCUUACUCCCACCUGCUCAACAUAUGCAUCCGCAAGGGAGAAAAGGUCCGCGACUUCAUAGUCCGGUGGGAGAAGNAUCUUGCGGACGGUGACCCCGUUCACUCCGAGGGUCAUGUCGAUUCCACUACCGGCAAACUUUCGGCCGU